GUUAAUUAAGCAACAAAAAAAGGAGAUCAUAAAAGCAGAAUAAAGUCACCACCUUCCUUGACAAAAGAGGCUUUUCCCAAGCAUCAUCCAAAAUUCCACAUUAUAUAUUACAUUUGCUAUGCCCAAUGUCUUGUCCCUACAUUGCCUUCUUUUGCUCUUUUAUCUUUUAAUUGAGUUUUUCUUUGCCUACCUCCCCUCCUCUUCAUUUCCUUUUUGAGGCUUCUUCUUCUUCUUCAUCUUAUCUUCUACACUCUCAACAAUGGGGAAACUUAUGGCGAUUUUCGCGUGUCUUGUCAUUGUUGCAUUGGACGUCAUUGCUGGAAUUCUCGGCAUCAAAGCCGAAGCAGCCCAAAACCAGGAGAAGCACAUGAGGUUGUGGAUAUUCGAAUGCAAGGAGCCAAGCCACGACGCAUUUGUUCUAGCGCUAGCAGCCGCAACCCUUCUAGGAAUAGCUCAUGUUCUUGCAAAUUUGCUCGGAGGAUGCGCCGCAUGUACUCAAGAACAGUUCGAGAAAGCUCCCCCGAGCAAACAGCUUUCAGUGGCUUGCCUUAUUUUCACUUGGAUCAUCCUGGCUGUCGGGCUAUCGAUGCUGGUGAUCGGAAUCAUCUCCAACCAUAAAUCAAGGGCUUCUUGUGGAUUCACACACCACCAUUUCUUGUCCAUUGGAGGGAUUCUUUGUAUGGUUCAUGCCCUCUUUUCUGUUGCAUAUUUUGUCACUGCCACUUCUGUACAAACUUAGCUUAGUUCUUACCUGCAAUUUGCAAGCUUUUUCCUUCAUCUUUUUUAAUCAUGUUUUAGCUGCCCUUUUGGACCCUCCUUUAUUAGCACUCUUGACUACCUGAAUUUUGUUGCUCGAUGCACUUUUUGACAAAGGGUUUUCUAGUUUCUAUCUGCAUUGGUUUUCAAUUGAUUUGGUGUAUUUUAAUAUUGAAAAAUUUGAGUGGCUGUCACCUCUAUCAGUGUUGAAUUAGUGCCUGAUAAUGUGUCAUUAAGUUGUUGAUUGACUUCACUUUUCUUGUUAUGCACAAUUAUCUUGAUUAGUUUA